AUGCUCUGUCUUAUUUCCGUUCUCUCCCAUGAUUGUUCCAUUGCUACCAUACCCAAUCGCCUAUAUAUCUGCCGGUGGUGCCCAACAGAAGCCCUAAAAUCGAUUUCAAUCGUUCGCACCUCCUCUCAGUUGCAUAUCGGUCGACCUUUCCAGGGAAAAAACAUCGAUGAGACAGGUAGGUCAAAAUCCCCUUUCGUCACCUCGACCCCUGUUUCAAAUAAUGAUUUCCUUCUCUGGAGUUUUUCAGUUCUUUCCCUCAGUUUACAUGGAAGUAGUUUGAUUUAUGGUCACGUAUUGUUGGUGGAUGCUUCAACUUUGAAGAAAGAGGUUGCUGAUGGUGUUGAAGAGGUCAGGCCAUCUCAUGUCAAUAAAGAUGGGAAGUCGGUUUACUUGGUUUACUUAAACCCGUAA